CACUCACCACUUUUUUUUUUUUUUGUUGAUGAAGAACAGUUGUGUUCACUUUAAACGUCCACGCGUUGAGACGUGCGAUAGUAAAGCGUGUAUUGAGAAGUUUAGUUUAUUUUAUUCACACGUUCUUCAUAAUAUUCUUGAGAGGAAAGCAAUUCGUAAAGCAGUGAGCUAUGGAUGAUCUAGAGGCUGAGCUCAAUAUCGCACAUGAUGCUCCAGAGGAUGACAGCACAAGUCAGGAACGGCUUCAAAUUCCUGUUUACAUCCAGUAUCAGACGAACGAGAAAGGUGCACCCUCAUCGAUGAACUUUCUCAAGACGAACAGAAAGUGUCUAAAGCAGAUCAGAGAUGCGAUGCUGCUUCAUAACUGGCAGGAGGCUUUGGUAUAUUACAACAAUUGCAUUCAGACAUUGGAGGCCAUGAGUGUCAUGGGACUGCAUCCAACGACUUCUGAGAUCAUGUGGAGAAUAGGCACAGAAAUUCUGCGUCAUCUCCCUAACGCCACCGCUGAAGAUUUCAAUGCUGUAUAUGAACAGUUGAAAAACAAUGGAGUCAAAAACUUCUCAAAGAUCUGUUUGGAGCAUAGCUUUCAUCUCCUGCUGAACGGGCAGAUGGAUGAAGCCAAGAGGCAGUUGUCCAUCGGACAGAGCUGGAAACAUGGCACAUUCACGAUCGCUCAGGGCGACACCAAAAAACUCAUCCAAGCCUACUGCGGUUUCCUAGAUUACUUGAUCUGGUGCAAGAAGAAGUCCUCUGUUCCUGGAACCGAUGAGAUGAGCCGUAACUGUGACAUGCACAGCUGCUUCAGACAAGCUUCUGUGACCCUGAAGGAAAUCAUCAGUCAGCCUGGAAUCUGGGACCCGUUUGUGUUGAGUUUCAUUGAUAUGCUGGAGUUUUACAACGAUGAGGACGGCGCUCUGGAGGUUCUGGAGAAUUACGCUUACAACGAGGAUUUUCCAAUCAAUCCCAACGCUCAUGUGUACCUGUACCAUUUCCUCAAGAGACACAAUGCCCCAGAAGCCAAACUCAUCGGUUCAUUAAAGGUUCUGCAAACUUUAGUCCCAAGUCAUGAACUGAUGCUGGAGCUCUGCUCUCUCCUGAAGCACACCAAGCUAAUGAGUGAUCUAGAAGAUGCUUUCUCCAUUUCAAUGGACCUUCUGGAGUUUGCCAGUUGGAAAUGUGACAUAAAGGCUUGGUCCUGUCUUCUGAAUAUUAUGAAGAUACUCAAACGGAAAAAAUGCAAGGAGACUAUAAAAAAGGAAUGGAAAUCCAGGCGACCGCUGUGGUUCCCCUUACACUUCAGAAGCUAUAUCUCCAAGAAAGACAUUGUCGAGAACAUCAGCCUUGUGAAGGUCAAGAGAGAAGUUUUGAAGAUAGUAGGUGAAAAAGAUUCACCAUACUGUAAAGUUUUUUGGAAAUCUAAGUCUAAACGUAAAACAAAGAAAUGGACAGUCUGGGAGAAUCAAUAGGAAAAGAUGGAGAGAAAGAGGAAGCUGGAGAAGAAAAAGAUGGAGGAAAGGAUGAUGGAGAAGGAAAAAGAUGGAGAAGACUAAGAAGCCUAAAUACGUUUUAUAAUAAACGUGUAAAAUAGAGACUUUUUGUUUUUAGAUUUGUUUCACUUGUCCAUGUAUGACACAAGACUCUUUGUUUACAUCAGGGGUCAGCAACCUUUUUGUCACGAAGUGCCAUUCUUUUAAGAGUUAAUCAGUGCGUCACAUGCGCGCGCCAUAGGUGCCGACCCCUGCUUGAUAUACUGAGUAGCUGCUCAUGUUGAGCUUCACUUUGAAUUAAAAUAAUAGAAAUGCA